AUGACCGAAACUGAAUGGGUUAAGAUACCGCAUACAUUUCAAGUACACUCGUAUAAACGACCAACGGUAUGUCAGUAUUGCAAGAAGUUAUUGAAGGGUUUAAUACGACAAGGACUACAAUGUCUUGAAUCUAUGAAAAAUAGUUUUGGUGGUAGUAUGAAGAAUUUACGGAUGUUUAGCGACCCAUAUGAUUCAGAUAACGACGAUGACGAUAAAAGUUCGGUAGGACCACCUGAAAAUCUUGAUAAUUCUGCAGUAACGAUAAAAUCACAUCACGGCAGGGCUCAAACAACUCCAAGUGCUCCCCUGAGAGCAACCGAUAUCAAAAAUAAUGAUCAGAAUGUACCGCGCAACGAUGUUGACAUUCUGAUCGAUUCACAGAACAUUCCGCUGAUGCGAAUUGUCAUGUCGAAGAAGCAAACUAAGCCUUAUAAGGCCAAGAUAUUGGAGGAAGGCUGGAUGAUGCAUUACACAAAUCGUCAAACCACGCGUAAGAAGCAUUACUGGCGUCUGGAUACAAAAGCAGUCGUUCUUUAUAAGGAUGACUUGUCGACAAGAUUCUACAAAGAAAUCCCGUUAAGUGAAAUAUUGGAUGUGAAGUAUACACCUAAUAAUAAUCUCGAAAAUACAGCUAAUUUAUUAGAAAUUCGAACCCGAACAUCUACUUACUACAUGAGUUAG